AAUUUUUUAUAUUCCUCAACCCAAAGUAGGCCGCUUUAUAAAGACCCACGAGACCGAGAGAGGGGCAUCAUUUCAGCAGUGUGUUUGACAAGGAUCACUUCGUCUUCAAAGUACAAACAGAAAGGCAUCAUGCUUCGUGAGUGCGCCCUGGUGCUCAUGCUGGUGGCUGUGACCCUCGCCCAGAGGAGGCUAGCCCUGCCAGACGCUCGCUCUUGCUCCAACCGAGUACGACACACAACUUUCAGAGACUCACGUGGAGUUUCGCACUCGUACUUCUUCAGCUGGGAGCACGGCCCGACCCGCAACCUCGAGGUUGACUGGCUCGAUGCCCGCAACAUCUGCCGCCGCCACUGUAUGGAUGCUGUGUCCCUGGAAACUCCUCAGGAGAACGAAUUCAUCAAGCAGCGCAUUGCCCGCGGUGGUGUCAAGUAUAUCUGGACCUCUGGCCGCAAGUGCAACUUCAACGGCUGCGACCGUCCCGAUUUGCAGCCCACAAACGUCAACGGCUGGUUCUGGUCCGGUUCUGGCGCCAAGAUUGGACCCACCAACCAGCGCAACUCCGGCGACUGGUCGCCCACUGGCGGAUUCAACCAGGCCCAGCCUGACAACCGCGAGUCGGCCCAGGGCAACGACGAGUCCUGCUUGUCCAUCCUGAACAACUUCUACAACGACGGUCUCAAGUGGCACGACGUUGCCUGCCACCACCUGAAGCCUUUCGUCUGCGAGGACUCCGAGGAGCUGCUCAACUUCGUCUCCUCCCGCAACCCCGGCAUCCGUCUGUAAAUCUUAGCUUCUCUCCGUAAAAAGGGAAUUAUUUAUUGUACUCUUGUUGAAUGUAUAUCAAAACAACUGAGGAGGCUCCUGACACUCCACAAAAACGUGUGACAUUUCUACGAAAAUGACGUCUGUGUACAAUUUUUUUGAAAUCACUUUUAAGCGCCAAAUUUGUUAGACUUUUUAGCGAUGAAAACUGCUCAAGUGAGUGCUGUUGGGCAUUCAUUCAGAGGAUAAUAAUAUUAAUAAUAUUUGACAAAUAAUGACAAAAAGACAUUUACCUAUUUUGUAGUUAAUAAAGAAAGUGAUUCAAAAUUGUGUAAAA